GCCACAUUCACUCCAGCGGAGCCACGCCGUUAGACUUGUACCCGGAGAAGACUGCAGCACUUCAGCGUUCAUCAUGAGAGAGAUUGUCCACAUCCAGGCCGGUCAGUGCGGUAACCAGAUCGGUGCCAAGUUCUGGGAGGUGAUCAGUGAUGAACAUGGCAUCGACCCAACAGGCACCUACCAUGGAGACAGCGACCUGCAGCUGGACAGAAUCAGUGUCUACUAUAAUGAGGCUACAGGAGGUAAAUACGUGCCUAGAGCUAUUCUAGUGGACCUGGAACCCGGCACCAUGGACUCUGUCCGCUCCGGCCCCUUCGGACAGAUCUUCAGACCCGACAACUUUGUGUUUGGUCAGAGCGGUGCUGGUAAUAACUGGGCUAAAGGCCACUACACAGAGGGAGCGGAGCUGGUAGACUCGGUGCUGGACGUAGUGCGUAAGGAGUCUGAAAGCUGCGACUGCCUGCAGGGCUUCCAGCUCACGCACUCACUGGGUGGUGGCACCGGGUCCGGCAUGGGCACCCUGCUUAUCAGCAAGAUCCGCGAAGAAUAUCCCGACCGCAUCAUGAACACCUUCAGCGUGGUGCCUUCGCCCAAAGUGUCCGAUACAGUGGUGGAGCCCUAUAACGCCACCCUGUCCGUCCACCAGCUGGUAGAGAACACAGAUGAAACCUACUGCAUCGACAACGAAGCCCUGUACGACAUCUGCUUCCGCACUCUCAAGCUAACCACACCCACUUACGGUGACCUCAACCACCUUGUUUCUGCCACGAUGAGCGGCGUCACCACUUGCCUUCGCUUCCCAGGCCAGCUGAAUGCUGACUUGCGCAAAUUAGCCGUCAACAUGGUACCCUUCCCUCGUCUCCACUUCUUUAUGCCUGGUUUUGCCCCUCUGACCAGCAGGGGGAGCCAACAGUAUCGUGCCCUGACCGUGCCCGAGCUUACCCAGCAAGUAUUUGACGCCAAAAACAUGAUGGCGGCCUGUGAUCCACGCCAUGGCCGCUACCUGACGGUGGCCGCCGUCUUCCGUGGCCGCAUGUCCAUGAAGGAGGUGGAUGAGCAGAUGCUCAACGUCCAGAACAAGAACAGCAGCUACUUUGUGGAAUGGAUCCCCAACAACGUCAAGACGGCCGUCUGCGACAUCCCACCCCGCGGCCUGAAGAUGGCAGUCACCUUCAUUGGCAACAGCACAGCCAUCCAGGAGCUGUUCAAGCGCAUCUCCGAGCAGUUCACCGCCAUGUUCCGCCGCAAGGCCUUCUUGCACUGGUACACAGGCGAAGGCAUGGAUGAGAUGGAGUUCACCGAGGCCGAGAGCAACAUGAACGACCUGGUGUCCGAGUACCAGCAGUACCAGGAUGCCACGGCUGAGGAGGAGGGCGAGUUUGAGGAGGAGGCGGAGGAGAAUGCUUAAAAAGGAGAGGAGGAUGGAGAAGGCGAGGGGCGUGGGAGCAGGAUUUGGAAAGUAGUGCAGGGGUGUCAAUGUCAGGUUAGGGAUGGGACGAUCUAGUAUCUCAAAAAGAUCACAGUAUCUCAGUUUCGAUAUUCUCUCGGUAUUGUUAAAAUAUACCAAAAAAUUGUAAAAAGCACUAACAUACUCGGAAAUAAUUUCAUCACAGAUAGACUUCUCAUAUUUCUUUAUACCAACUAUAACACAAUCAAACAAUGAACUACCACCACCAUGCUUUUCACAAACUAGUAAGCACUUUGCUGGAAGACACUAACUGUACAUGGUUAUCGGAAUUAAAGUUUGCGGUUUUCAUUGAACCUGGUAACCGGUCCCAUCCCUAACUCAAAUCCUGGAGGCCCACAGCAUUGCAGAGGUUAGUGGCUUCUUUUUCUAACGAUAGAUAGAAUGGUAAACCCUGCCGUGUUGUUGCCCACUAGGACCUUCAUUUGACACCCCUGGAGUAGUGGUAAUGUAAGGAGGAGGAAAAUGUAGCAAAGCACAUACGGAACCCCACCGUAAGUGUUUGAUGAAGUAGACGUUAGCACUAGACAAACGGGGCCAAAAACAACCAGAGGAAUCCUGAACGAAUGUUCUUGAACACAGAAUGAAAAAAAAAAAUCAAACGAAAGGACUCAACACUAGAUAGCUUUUCAUUUCCAUUUUCGUUUGUCUUCUUUACUGAUGUCCUCAUUUCCUCCCGGAUCAAAAGAGAGGUCUAGUUUCUGGUACACAGAUUAAGAAUCGUCCUAGAUUUGUCCUAAUGGAGAACGGUCAUCCAAAACUAGGCUUGAUCUGUGUCAUGGAAACCAGCCAUAUAGUUUCAGCCAGUCGGAUCACUGCCCCAAGGGCAGAGAGCGGUUGGUUUGGACAGACUAGAUACAAUCAGAUGAAUGAACAGAUGAUUGACAAAUGGGGGGAAAUGUUCCAUGUGAAGGACAUGAGUGUUCAAAGCCAUUACUUUAGUUUUUCAUUCCUUUUUGUUACAGUAUUUGCUUGCUUUACUUUAUAGACAGUCAUGGAAAUGUGAACCCUCUCCCUGUAGAGCAGAUACAAGAAUGAUUGUAGAAGUUUGUAUUCCUCCUAGCCGUGAGCAUUGCACUACGAUGGGACGACUUUGCAGAAAGACGCCAUUUCAACACGUCCUCCUUCACUGAGGAUUACAGUAUUAAGUCAAAUGGUUUACAAGGUAUUGAAGGCUUUUAUGGAAAGGUUGAGGGAAAGACCGGACUGUAGGAAAGUGUUCAGUCUUCCUACCUGGACGCCAACCAACGUCUGUAGGAGGAAGACAUAGACCGGUAUUAGUGAAACUGGAACUCAUAAUGGUUCAUGUGGGAAAAAAACUGGAAGACUGGUUUUAGAAGGUUCAGAAGAAUGUCGCUGCAAAUUUGAGCGCGGAACCCGUGGAAACUUGGAACUUGCGUCCUGUAUCUGAGCCCAAAGCUUUUUAAAGGUUGUUUUUACAUGUUUAUGUUUAUCUUUUAUCAUUAAGUGUUAGGAAUGUCCUUGCAUUUUUUACAAUUUCCUAUUGGGAAAACAAAAACCUGAGCCUCUGGACAAAAAAAUCAAUAAAAUGAAAUUGAAACUUUAA